AGAGCCUGUCCUCUUAUUCCCAGUUGUAACUAAAUACUGCUGCAAGCGCAGCCCAAGCCCUUUGUUGGAGAUGUGUGAGCGCAGUCUCUACAGAGCGGGCUAUGUGGGCUCGCUUCUGAAUCUGCAGUCGCCAGACUCCUUCUACUUUUCCAACCUGCGGCCGAAUGGCGGCCAAUUGGCCGCGCUUCCCCCCAUCUCAUACCCGCGCGGCGCGCUGCCCUGGGCCACCACGCCCGCCUCCUGCGCCCCAGCGCAGACCGCCGGUGCCACGGCCUUCGGCAGCUUUCCCCAGCCCUACCUGGCUGGCUCUGGGCCUCUUGGCCUGCAGCCCCUGGGUGCCAAGGACGGAUCCGAAGAACAGGCCAAGUUUUAUACUCCCGACGCGGCUGCCGGGCCGGAGGAGCGUGGCCGUGUGCGGCCGCCCUUCAUCCCUGAGUCAAGCUUGGCCCCCGCGGCCGCUGCUCUCAAAGCAGCCAAGUACGACUACGCGGGCGUGGGCCGUGUAGCGCCGGGCUCUUCGGCGCUGCUCGAGGGGACACCCUGCUCUGCUGGCUUCAAGGACGACGUCAAGGGCCCGCUCAACUUGAACAUGACAGUGCAGGCGGCAGGCGUCGCCUCCUGCCUGCGACCUUCGCUGCCCGACGGCCUGCCGUGGGGGGCGGCCCCGGGGAGGGCUCGCAAGAAGCGGAAACCCUACACUAAGCAGCAGAUUGCCGAGUUGGAGAACGAAUUCCUUCUCAACGAAUUUAUCAACCGGCAGAAGCGCAAGGAAUUGUCCAACAGGCUGAACCUCAGCGACCAGCAAGUCAAAAUCUGGUUCCAGAACCGGCGUAUGAAGAAGAAGCGCGUGGUGCUGCGCGAGCAGGCGCUGUCGCUGUACUAGCCCCGGGUGUGGCUUCGGCGGGGCUGGGCCUGCCUUUUUUCACCGAAGCCUGGCUUGCAGGAAGAGAGGGGAUAGGGCCUUUCUUCUGCUCCUUCUCUGCUGGUUCAGAUACCCUCCUGCUCAAAUGGCAGCCCCAGAAGCCAGCAUCCUGCCAACUGGGGGGUCCACACUUUCCCCUUUCUGGAAGAAGCCUGUAGAAGCUGCAGCACAACCUUGGCCUUGAGGCUUUCAGAGUAAAGGUCUGGGGUCGCCUGUCCUAAUUCUUGGCUGGGGCGUUAUACCCAGGGCUCACUCUAGCACUUUGUGCUUGGAUUUCUGCUUCCACCUCAUUGG